AUAGUUCGUGUAAUAAAAAAAAUAAAAAUAAUUACCACGUUUACUUUGGUACAAUAAGAUACAGUUUGUUGAAAAUACACGUAUACAAUGAUUAUUGAACUAAAUUAUCUUCAAGGCAAUUAAUAAAAGCCGGUAUUGACUAUCUAUUUAAUCAUCAAUAUUUUAUUUAUUAUUUAUACCUUCGAUACAAUAAUCGAAUUUUUUUUUUAUAUUAAUAUUCACUGUAAUUCAUAUAUAUAUUAGUCAAAAUGAUUCAGGGACUGUUUGAUGAUAUCAAACGCAUGAACAAGCGUCAGUUUCUUUAUCAAGUACUGAGCUUUGGUAUGAUAGUGUCGUCUGCUUUGAUGAUAUGGAAAGGUCUUAUGGUUGUUACUGGCAGUGAGAGUCCAAUUGUCGUUGUUUUGAGUGGUAGUAUGGAACCAGCAUUUCAUCGCGGAGACUUGUUAUUUUUAACGAAUUAUCAAGAAGAGCCAGUACGUGUUGGUGAAAUCGUUGUGUUCAAAGUUGAAGGACGUGAUAUACCUAUUGUACAUCGUGUCUUAAAAUUACAUGAAAAGAACGACAAAAAUUCAACAGUUAAAUUUUUAACAAAAGGUGACAAUAAUUCUGUCGAUGAUCGAGGAUUGUAUGCACCAGGACAAUUAUGGCUUACGCACAAAGAUGUUGUAGGACGUGCACGUGGAUUUUUACCAUACGUUGGAAUGGUUACUAUUUAUAUGAAUGAAUAUCCUAAAUUAAAAUACGCAGUUUUAUUGGGUCUGGGUCUUUAUGUUUUGGUACAUCGAGAAUAAUUUAUUUUUUAUUUUUUAAGUAGGAUACAAAUUUUUUUUUUCUUCUUAAUUAAUUAAUUAAUUUUUGCAUUAAAAAAAAAGACUUUUUCAUCGAUUGUAAAUCAUUAAAGAAAUUAAAUAAAAAAUUUAUUAUUUUGUUUU